CCCUUAUAAUCAUCAUAUGAUACUCAAGAAGCAGAAGAAAGUUCUUUUUUAUGAAAAGAGCACCAAAAACCCGGGGAGGCCGAGGCUCCUCGGAAACCGCCCACCGCCAGGUGGAGGAGCAGGGUGGAGCAGAAAUCCGGGCGAGGAAGGAGGGUCCUGCACAGCCCCAACCACCCUGCUCGGUGCUCACCGGCCCAGCAGCGAUGGGUCCAAUCGUCGCCAGCCCCCUGGGAAAGCCCAGCUAAGCAAGAAUUUGAAGGCAAACUCUUUAGAGCCACUUCCGGCGCUGGGGGCGGCCUCGGUGACUCCGGCGCACGCGGGGCGACGCCCCGGGAGCGAGGACGCCGGGGGGCGUGCGCGUGCCCGGCGCGGAAUGGGCGGGGCCUAUGGAGGCGACAGCGUGGUAGGGGUGCGCCUGCGCAGUGCGCAUCACCUCCUCCUGGCGGGGCGGGUUCGUAGUUGGAGUGGUGGUGGUUUACGCGAGUAUUGAAUACGACCAACUCGC